UGGAAUCCAAAAAGUGUUCCUCCCAUCAUUUGGUGAAGCUUCCACGGAGGGUCAGUCCACCCACGGAGAGCGGGGAAAGCACAGCAGGCGAAACGGGCUGCGAGUAAUUCUUGGUUCAUACCAACAGAGCUCAUUGGUUUGAUCUCUACGAUUUCAUCGGACCUCCAUCCCCUGGAAAAGGUCACGGCUCUUCCUGCUAAAGUUGCGAUGGCGGAGCGGGUUCUGGUGGUAGGAGGCGGGGGACGGGAACACGCGCUGGCCUGGAAGCUGGCCCAGUCGCCCCGGGUCCAGCAGGUUCUGGUGGCUCCCGGAAACGCAGGAACCGCCAGCUGCGGCAAGAUCAGCAACUCUGAGGUGUCGGUGAGCAACCACAGCAUCCUGGCUCAGUUCUGUAAGGACCACCACGUCGGUUUGGUCGUAGUCGGACCCGAGGCGCCGCUGGCAGCAGGUGGAGUCGAUUCCAGUUUCUUAUUGUGGGAUCAAACCUCAGGAGGUUCUGACCCGUAUCGUCUCUGCAGAUCAGCCUCCAUUUUGAGCUGCAGGAUGGAAAUAACUUGCUGACUUGUUACUAGAGGACAGUUACUGGAACCGGAUCACUGGACUGACUGGUUCUGGUUUCUCUCUCCAAAAGGCCAGAAGAUGAAAGAUCAGGACAGAGCAGAACCUCCAGGAUCCAUCAGUCCAUCUAUGAGGAGUGACUGGUCCAAAGAUCGUCCUCCACACUUCAGUAAUGAACCUGAACCAUCAGACAGAAAGAGCAGCUUUGGUGAGGAGGAGCAUCCAUCCUGCUGUGCUUUGAGUCAGAAUGUUCUGAUGGAUCCGGUCUGUACCAGCUGCCCCCAGUGUGGGAAACGACCCAGAACAGGAUCUGGACGGCUGACAGCCAAUCAGAGCAGCUGUGCUCCAGGCCAGAAGAUGGAAGAUCAGGACAGAGCAGAACCUCCAGGACCCAUCAGUCCAUCUAUGAGGAGUGACUGGUCCAAAGAUGAUCCUCCAGUGUUCAGUAAUGAACCUGAACCAUCAGACAGAAAGAGGAGGAAGUGUGAAGAAAGACCCAGAACAGGAGCUGAACGGCCGACAGCCAAUCAGAGCAGCUGUUCUCCAGAUUUUGAUAUUCGGUGUCAGAGUGACCAUAAAGCGUCUCUGAAGAAGAAGUUCCAGAGUCUCUUUGAAGGCGUCGCUGAACCUGGAAAUCAAACCGAUAUGAACCAGAUCUACACAGAGCUCCACAUCACAGAGGGGAAAACUAGAGAGGUCAACCAGGAACAUGAGGUCAGACACAUUGAAACAGCAUCCAGGAAACAAGAAACAAUCAGAAGAGAAGACAUCUUUAAAGUCCCACCUGGAAGAGAUCAACCAAUCAGAACAGUGAUGACCAUGGGAGUGGCUGGCAUUGGGAAAACACUGUUAACACAGAAGUUCACUCUGGACUGGGCUGAAGGCAAAACCAACCAGAACAUUGAUUUCAUAUUUCCAUUCACUUUCAGAGAGCUGAAUAUGUUGAAAGAAGAAAAGUUCAGCUUAUUAGGACUGAUUCAUAAAUUAUUUAGUAAAACCAAAGAAAUCAGCAGCUUUGAAACGUUCCAGGUUCUGUUCAUCUUUGAUGGUCUGGAUGAAAGUCGAUUUACUCUGGACUUCAAGAACAAUCCGAUCCUGACUGAUGUUACAGAGUCCAGCUCAGUGGAUGUUCUGGUGACAAACCUCAUCAGGAGGAAACUGCUUCCCUCUGCUCUCCUCUGGAUAACCACACGACCUGCAGCAGCCAAUCAGAUCCCUGCUGAGUGUGUUGGCAUGGCAACAGAGGUCAGAGGGUUCACUGACCCCCAGAAGGAGGAGUACUUCAGGAAGAGACUCAGAGAUGAUGAAGAGAAGGCCAGCAGGAUCAUCUCCCACAUCCAGAAAUCAAAAAGUCUCCACAUCAUGUGUCACAUCCCAGUUUUCUGCUGGAUCACUGCUAAAGUUCUGGAGGAUGUGAUGAAGACCAGAGAGGGAGAAAAACUGCCAAAGACUCUGACUGAGAUGUACAUAGCAUUCCUGGAGGUUAACUUCGCAAUCAAGAAGGAAAAGUAUGAUGGAGGAAAAAAGACAAGAUCAAUCUGGAGUCCAGAGAACAAGAAGCUGAUUGAGUCUCUAGGAAAACUGGCUUUUGAGCAGCUGCUGGAGGGAAACCUGAUCUUCUAUGACGAAGAGCUCAAAAAGUGCGGCAUCAACAUCAAAGAUGCUGCGUUGUUCUCAGGAGUGUUCACUGAAAUGUUUAAAAGAGAGAGAGGGACGUUUGACAUCUCCGUCUACUCCUUUGUUCAUCUGAGCAUCCAGGAGUUUCUGGCUGCAGUCUACAUGCUCCACUGUUUCACCAGCAGGAAGUCAGAGGUGAUCAAGACGUUUCUGGGAGAAGAAUACAGAGAAACAUCUCUAGAUGAGUUCAUGAAGAAAGUCAUGGAGAAAUCCCUCAGCAGUAAAAAUGGCCACCUGGACCUGUUUGUCCGCUUCCUUCAUGGUCUCACUGUGGAGUCCAACCAGAGACUCUUAGAAGAUCUGCUGGGUCAGACAGAGAACAGUCCAGAAACCAUCCAGAGAAUCAUCACCAACCUGAAGGAGAUGAAAACUGAUAGAAUCUCUACUGACAGAAGCAUCAACAUCUUCUACUGUCUGGUGGAGAUGAACGACGUCUCAUUUUAUCAGGAGAUCCAACGGCUGCUGGAUUCAGGGAAGCAGCUCUCAGUGACUGACUGUUCAGCUCUGGCCUUCAUGCUGCAGAUGUCAGAGGUUCUGGAUGAGUUGGACCUGGAGAAGUACAACACAUCAUCAGAUGGACGGCGGAGACUGCUUCCAGCUAUGAGGAACUGCAGAAAGGCUCGACUUGGUGGCUGUUCGCUUGAUAAGGCUGAAUGUGAAGUUUUGGCCUCGGCUCUGAAGUCCAACCCAGAUCUGACUGAACUGGAAAUAAAUCAGAUCAACAUACAUGGAGGUGGAGACUCUGAUCUGAAGCCUCUGGUUGAGAUCCUGGAGAGUUCAGUCAGUAAAGUGAAGAAUCUGAGAUUGAAGGAAUGCAGUUUGUCAGAGACCAGCUGGACUUCUCUGUUCUCAGCUCUGAAGUCCAAACCGACCCAUCUGGCAAGACUGGACCUGAGCGGAACCAAUCUGGGAGAUUCUGGAGUGAAGGAGCUCUGUGGUUUUCUACAGACUAAAGGCUGCAGACUGAAGAUAUUGAGAUUGUGGGACUGCAGGUUGUCAAAGAUCAGCUGUGAUUAUUUGGCCUCAACUCUGAAGUCCAACCCGACCCGUCUGACAGAACUGGACCUGGGAGGAAACAACCUGAAGGAUUCAGAUGUUCAGCAGCUGAAGGAUCUUAUAGAUGAUCUAGGAAUCUGAUCUCUGUGAAGUAGAGAAUGGUCUCAGUGUCCUGCUGAUCCUCAGGGGUUGAAGCUGCAGCAGUUUGAGUCUAAAGAGACUCUGACUGGAUCAUGAUGAUGAC